AUGAUGGAUGCCAUGUUCAAUAAGCUGCAUGGGGCUAUGGCUAUACAGGGCAGGUUGGUGAACACUGGGGCUAUUCUAGCCUUGUACCAACGCCAGCUGGCCGGCCAGUUAGGGGGAGACUCCAACAUAACUGCGGAGGUGCAGCAGGUGUCAUCUCUUUUGACCAAGUUGAUGAAGGAGCAGGCGGUGGCGACCGAUGCCAAGGCAAUGCUUCAGCAGGCUCAAGAAGCCCGCCAGUGUGCUAAAGAGAUGUCUGUGAUCUACGGGUCCGUUUGGAGGCCAGCUGACGUGGUAGAGCUAGACACGGUCAGCGGAGUAGGCAGGGCCGGGGCCAGGGGCCCCCCAAGCCGCCCACUUCUUCCUGACAAUUAUCAGCACCCUGUCUCCCCAUGCCACCUCCUAGGCCAGUGCAAAUUGCCCUGGGAGACUCUUGGGGCAGACCCCUGUGGGGUCAGUCCCCUCUCUAGUUCUACUCCUACACCUCCCACUGCCUACAGUAAUACUAUGCUGAUCAGGAUUGUGAUGGUGGGGAAGACUGGAGUUGGAAAGAGUGCCACAGGAAACACCAUUCUGGGAAAACAGCGCUUUGAAUCUGAAUUCUCCCCUAAGUCUUUGACUACACUCUGUGAUAAGGCUGUUGGUGAGGUGGAUGGACAAAAGGUUGCCGUUAUCGACACUCCAGGCCUGUUUGACACCAGGAACACUGAAAAGAAAACACAUAAAGAUAUUUCCCAAUGCACAACUUAUGCUUCUCCUGGACCUCAUAUCUUCUUGAUCGUCAUCAGACUGGGCAGAUUCACAGAGGAAGAAAAACAUACAGUGGAGAAUAUUCAGAAAAUCUUUGGUGAGGAAGCCAACAAAUACAGCAUGGUUCUCUUUACCCAUGGUGACCUGCUCAAAGGGAAAUCUAUCGAGGAGUUCCUGGAGGAAAGUGAAGAUCUGCAGGAACUUGUGGCAAAAUGUCACGGCCAGUACCACGUGUUCAAUAAUGAGGUGAAGGAUCGUUCUCAGGUCAGGAAGCUGCUUGAGAAGAUCAGGAAUAUAAAUGAACUGAAUGGAGGAAGUUACUACACCACUGAAAUGUUCCAAAAGGCAGAGAGAGUGAUUGAAGAGGAGAAACAACGAAUCCUGAAACAGAAAGAAGAGCAAAACCGCAAAGAGCUGGAAGAACUGAGGAAGGGAAUAGAGAAAGAAUAUGAGCAACAGCUGACAGAAGUAAAGGGUGACAUGAGGAGGAAUACUAAAUUAUUGGCUGAACGUGAAAAACAAAUCCAGCUGGAAAUAACACAACUGAGGGAAAAGCAAGAACAGCAAGCCAGAGAAGAAGCAGAGAACAGAAACAAACUCGUUGAUGCCAUCCUGGUUUGGCCUCAGACUUCUCAGCCUUAA